UACUGAAGAGUGAUGAAUUUCUGUCUCAACACACAAUUGAGCAGCACAAGAAGCUUCCCUUACAAGUUCGCCGUGGUUUCUGCUUCCACCGGCGCCGGAAAAUCCAUAUCCAUGGCCAACUCCGUCAGAAUCGCCGCCGUUCAGAUGACGUCCGUUAAUAACCUCGCCGUUAACUUCGCUACUUGCUCUCGCCUCGUUAAGGAAGCAGCUUCAGCGGGGGCAAAAUUGCUAUGUUUUCCUGAAAAUUUUUCUUUUGUGGGAGACCUACAGGGAGAGAGUCUUAAAAUUGCUGAGCCCCUAGAUGGACCUAUUAUGAAAGGCUACUGCUCUCUUGCAAGGGAAUCAAAUAUUUGGUUGUCGCUAGGAGGAUUCCAAGAAAAAGGGAGUGAUGAUGCACACUUGCGCAACACUCAUGUUCUCAUUGAUGAUAAUGGAAAUAUUAGGAGCACGUACAGUAAGAUGCAUCUAUUUGACGUGGAUGUUCCUGGAGGUGCAGUUUAUAAAGAGAGCAGUUUCACUGAAGCUGGAAAGGAUAUUGUUGUGGUGGACAGCCCCUUCGGUCGUUUAGGUGUCACCGUUUGUUACGAUUUAAGAUUCCCUGAGUUGUAUCAACAAUUGAGGUUCAAUCAUGAGGCACAGGUUUUGUUAGUGCCUGCCGCUUUCACAACGGUAACUGGUCAGGCACAUUGGGAGAUUCUUCUUCGCGCUCGUGCAAUUGAAACACAGUGUUAUGUCAUAGCUGCUGCUCAAGCAGGGAAGCAUAAUGAAAAGAGGGAAAGUUAUGGAGAUACCUUAAUAAUUGAUCCAUGGGGAACAAUAGUAGGUCGGUUGUCAGAUCGGUCGUCUACAGGUAUUACUGUUGCAGAUAUUGACUUCUCAUUAAUAGAUUUAGUCCGAGCAAAGAUGCCAGUGUCUAAGCACCGCAAGCCUGCUGAGUUUUGGAAUCGGCAUGUAUGAGUUAGCGGGUAUGUCAUUCUGUAGCUGUUGUAUUCAACCAAACGUUGCUGCAAACUUUGGUCCGUUCGUGUAUAUGCUACUUAAAUUGAGCACUGAUCAUGUGGUUCUUAACAUAUGUAUUACAUUUGGCAUGAUAUCCCUUGUCUAUCACUAGCAGCUACUGAUGUUGAAUUUUCUCAUGUCUGCAUUAUGAAUAAAAGCUAUCCUUCCUUUUCAUAAAAAUUAUUGCAGCGCACUGACCCUGGAUUUCGUGCU